AUGAAGCCCAUCAAGUCCAUCGCUGGCCCUCUGGUCCUCCUCGCUUCUGGCGCUGCUGCCCGUACCUUCACGGUCUACAACGCUUGCCCAUUCACCAUUUGGCCUGCUAUCUUUACCGACCUUAACGUUGGUAGCGCCCGUCCCAACCACCCCACCGGCUGGGAAGCGAAGCCUUACACCAGCGUCUCCUUCCACGUCCCCGACAACUGGAGGGCCGGUCGAAUCUGGGCCAGGCGUGACUGCGACUUCUCGACCAACCCCGGACCCAACUCCUGCCUCACUGGUGGUUGCAACGGUGGCUUGCUUUGCGACGAGCGCACCGGAACUGGUGUCCCACCUGCUUCCCUGGCGGAGUUCACUUUGAGUGCUGCUGAGGAUUCUGACUGGUACAACGUCUCCCUCGUCGACGGAUACAACUUGCCCAUCAGGAUCUCCAACAACGCCAACUGCCCCGUCGCUGAGUGCCCUGUCGACCUCGGCCCAACCUGCCCCCUCCCCAUCCGUGGCCCUGUUGACAAGAACGGCUGGGUCACUGGCUGCAGGUCCGCUUGCCAGGCCAACUUGGACGGCAACCCUCAAAACUCUCCCAACUGCUGCUCGGGCGAGUACAGCACCCCCGACAAGUGCCCUCCUUCUGGUGUUCAAUUCUACGACCACUUCAAGAAGAACUGCCCCAGGUCCUACGUCUAUGCUUACGACGAGAGCAGCAACACUGCCCUCUUCACCUGCCCCAAGAACAGGAACGCUGACUACACCAUCACCUUCUGCCCUUAA